AUGAACAGUGAUACUUCCUCUCCUUCUCAUUCCCAUCUAAUUCUAACUAGUCCAGAUGCCUUUGCUACUAUUCGCCAAGAAGUCUCUGAGGCAAUUCACCGUAAUGAUGCGCCUUAUAUUCAGAAUACUUUACACGUCAUCGCCAAUAGUAAAGAUAUUUCUAAAGCAUCGGCAGCCAUCUUCUUAAAGAAUACUCUAGAUUUAGUUGAGAAAGAAGGCUUAGAUAAGCAAGAAGUGAUUAAGUUACUUGAUGAAAUGAUUGCCUGGGCUGAACAGAACAAAAGGAAGCUUUUAAGACUUGAUUUCAAAAUGCGCAAAGCUGAGACUCUUCUAGCCCUUAAGGAGUAUAAAGAGUGCUUAGCUUUAAUACUGGAAACAGCUAAGAUUCUUAAGCAAGAAGAUGAUAAGUUAGGUUUAGUUAAGCUGUACUAUCUAGAGAGUAAGGUUUACUAUGAACUGAAGAAUCUUCCUAGAGCUAAAUCAUCACUUACUCAGUCUAAGUCAACUUGUACUUUCGUUUACUGUCCUCCUUUCUUACAGGCUAAGAUAGAUUUACUUAAUGGUGUUUACUUGGCCGAUGAACGUGACUAUAAAACAGCUACUUCGCAUAUUCUUGAAGCUUUAGAAGGGUUUUCAAUGGUUCAGAAUAAGGAGAUGGCUGCUCAAUGUGCGCGGUACUUGAUUCUGAUGAAAAUCAUGGAGAACAAGACUAGUGAGGCUAAGACUUUAAUGGGGCAUAAGUUAGUAGUGCCUUAUCAAAAGGACGUGUGCAUAGAAAUGCUGGGUAAGAUUAAUGAGUGUGUGGCUGAACGUAAUCUUAAAGAUUGCAAUGAGAUUAUUCAAACUAAUAUCAAAAGUAUUUCACAUGAUCAAUUUCUUAUCAAUCAUUUGGUUUAUCUCUGUGAUACUUUGAUUGAUUCCAAUAUUCUUAAGAUUAUUGAGCCUUACUCUAAUGUUAAUGUUGAGUACAUUGGUAAUCAGCUUGGUUUUGAUAUGCCUACUAUUGAGAAUAGAUUGCGCCGCAUGAUUCUUGAUAGUCGGAUAGAUGGAACAAUUGACCAGGAAACCAUGUGUAUUAGCAUUAAGAGACAAGUUAAAGGCUGCCAUAAGGAACAGGCUGAAAUGGAGGACAUACUUAAUGUUCUUUCGGAGGCCACCAAUACCAUCUCGGCAACCAAAUAA